AUGAAGUCCACUAGUAUCAUUGCAAUAUUUGGAUUUGUCGCCUCUGCCCUUGCCCGCGGGCAUACCAGGCGCAGCGUCCGCAACGGCAUUAACGGUGGCAACGGCGCCAGCGGCGGCAACGGUGGCAACGACGUGCAGGCACACGAGGUUAAUCCCACCAAAGACGUGCCCCGUCCUCACAUAGGCAAUGUGCCUUAUGGAGAAAUCAUCACAUCAUGCACGGAGCCCGAUGCCGUCGCCGUUACCUAUGAUGACGGCCCCGGGACACUGAUGAACAAGCUUCUCGACAUGCUGGCGGAGGCCAAAGCCAAAGUCACCUUUUUCCACACUGGCGUUAACAUCGAGAGUCAACCGGCGGCCAUCCAACGUGCCUACCGCGAGGGCCACCAACUCGCCCAGCAUACGUGGUCGCACGGUCACCUUCCGCUACUCAACCGUACCAAGUUCCUUGACGAGAUCUAUCGGCCCGAAGAGGCAUUGGUUAAAGUUCUCGGCGUUUUCCCAACGUAUAUACGACCGCCUUAUGGCGAAUGCGACGAAAGGUGCCAGACCCUGCUUGGUGAGCUCGGCUACCACGUCAUUCGUUGGAACAUCGAUACUCAAGACUGGAAGGGCGAUAUGGACGCUUCGAAGAAAAUUGUCAGUGAACAGUUGACCAAAGCAAUCCAAGGCCCUAACGUGUUGGCGCACGAGCACGAUAAAACGAUCGAUAUCUUGACCAGCCAUAUUAUAAACGUCGCCAAGAGUCAGGGCCUGAAGAUGGUUACGAUAGGCGAGUGUCUGGGCGACGAUCCCAAGAAUUGGUACCGCACCGGCCCGCGCCUGGAGGCAGUUAGGACGCAGCAGGAGGACGAUGUUCAAAGGCAAAUAUAA